CAUGUAUGUUACCUGUGCUGCAUAUUAUUCUGACAGCCACAGCCUACGGCAUUUCAAACACAUAUAUUAAUUAUAUUUCAGCUGUUGGAAAAAUUUAAUUCCUGUGGAGGAACAGGCCAAAGUUGUCUUCUGUCACUAUGGUCUAUCACAUCACAGGCACUGAGCUGUAUGAUCUUGGAUGUUUAUUAACUCCCUACUAAAGCCUUCAAAGUUGAGAUAGCAAACCAGGAUUGCCAGGCCAUCCAUGCAUGAUUCCUUGUGUCAAGUUAAUUCAUGCCACCUCCUUCAAGGUUUUCCAGACCAGGUGUAUAGCAGCAGCCUGUGCGCCGUCCCUCCCUCCACGCAGCAGAACAAACGCUGUAUUCAUCUGCUCCGGCUUGCAGUUACUGAAACUCCCCACAGGAACUACUGGAUAUACUUUUCCCCACCGUGUGAGCUGCUGGACACAAUGCCAUUCAUGCCACGGGGCGAAAACAGGCGUAACGCGUGCUCCGUGAACCUUACAAUGUGGAGAACAUGCGGUAUUUUUGGCGCAUGGAGUCUUCUCUUCUUGACAGAUGUCUGUGCGCAGUCUCAGCGGAGACCAACCUUCACGUGCGGUGGAAACAUUACAGGGGACUCUGGAGUCAUCGGGAGCCAGGGAUACCCAGGAGUUUACCCUCCAAAUACCAAAUGUCUGUGGAGAAUCACAGUCCCUGAGGGAAAGGUGGUGGUCCUGUCAUUCCGCUUCAUUGACUUGGAGAGUGACAACCUGUGCCGCUAUGACUAUGUGGAUGUUUAUAGUGGCCAUGUCCAUGGGCAGAGACUGGGUCGCUUCUGUGGGACAUUCAAGCCUGGAGCCCUGGUUUCCACAGGCAACAAGAUGCUCAUGCAGAUGGUAUCUGAUGCCAACACUGCUGGGAGUGGCUUCCUGGCUGUUUUUUCUGCUGCCCACCCACAUGAGAGAGGGGACCAGUACUGUGGGGGCAGGUUGGAUAAACCCUCUGGGACUUUUAAAACACCUAACUGGCCUGAGAAGGACUACCCAGCAGGUGUUACCUGCUCCUGGCACAUAGUGGCACCAAAGAACCAGAUCAUUGAGAUCAAGUUUGAGAAGUUUGAUGUGGAGAGAGACAACUACUGCCGCUACGACCACGUCUCCAUCUUCAACGGGGCGGAAAUCAACGACGCCAAAAGAAUUGGCAAAUACUGCGGAGACAGUCCCCCAGCGCCAGUGUUCUCAGAUGGGAACCAGCUCCUAAUCCAGUUCUUGUCAGAUCUCAGUCUCACGGCAGAUGGCUUCAUUGGACAUUAUAAGUUCAGACCAAAGAAAUUCCCCACCACGACGAUACCACCCACCACGACAACACAGCCAGUCACCACUAGGCCCAUACCUCUGAAGUACUCUGAGGCUCUGUGCCAGCAGAAAUGCAAAAGACGAGGAACACUUGAGAGCAAUUACUGCUCCAGCAAUUUCGUGAUAACUGGAACCGUCAUUACCGCAGUGAUUAAAGGGGGAAGUAUGUAUGCCACUGUUUCCAUCAUCAACGUGUACAGAGAGGGCAAUCUGGCCAUCCAGCAGGCGGGAAAGACCAUGAGCACCAAAAUCAUUAUCCUGUGCAAGAAGUGUCCAUUUAUCAGAAGAGGCUUGAACUACAUCUUCAUGGGCCAGGUGGAUGAGGAUGGCCGGGGGAAGAUCGCCCCUCAGCACUUUGUUAUGGCGUUUAAGACAAAGAACCAGAAAGUACUCAAUGUGCUGAAGAAUAAGCGCUGCUGAGUUCCUGAAGCUUUGAGGAUCUCCACUGGACAGGUGUGUGCCGGAGGCUUGUACGGGGAUGGAAAAGAUUAAGCCAAAAAAACACAGUCUCCAGCUAAACCACACAAACACAUGAAAAUGAAACUGAAUCUGGCUGUAGAGAUGUCGGCACUAAACAAAAUCUACAUGAUUGAUUCAGCUAGGGGCAACUCAUAUUUUUAUAUUUAUUCUUGUUGCAACAAAUCCAAUAUCUUCUGGAUAAACAGGGAAGCAUUAACUACUCAACUUUGCUUAGUCUGUCUGGCAAACGAAGAUUAAUCAGUAUCAAAGUCAGUUAAAAUUUAGCUGAAUUCCAGUCAUGCACAUGGCAGGAUUACAACUCUUGGCCAGUCACCUGAAUCAAGAGUAAAGAUAGCAAUUUGUAGAGACAAACAUUUUUAUCAAUGAUGUUGUUUAAAAUUCUGUGAUUGCAAUAUUAAAUUCAAAAUUUGUGUCUUGUUAAGACUAUUAAGCUCUAUUUGAUCAGUUGGAAUUAUUGUGUAUAAAUUACAGGUAGCCUGAUUGAUAAAAACAGGUGAUUUUUAGCAGCCUGCAGUUAUUUUUCUGUUUUAAAUACCAGUGGACAAGAGUGGAUAAAUACAAGUGGUGUUAAAAAAGUGCAAUAUUUAAUACAUACAUGAUUCUUAGUUUAAGAUUUGUACUCUGUUUUUUGUGUGAAACAAAUAAGGAUCUUCCAAGCUUCAGCUCCUGUCUUUAGUUUGUUUACAAAGCAUCAGCAGACAUUAUCUCCAUGUUUUGUUUUUAAAGGCAGAGGUAUGAAAUGAAAAAUAUUUUCAUAUGAAAAAGUCUGUGAAUAUUAUUUAUAUUUUAUUGUUGUCAUCUGCCAAAAUAAAACUCCUUUAAAAUUUU